AAAAUACGUGCACCACAUUGCAUACAUUAAAUCCCUUUUGUAUACCAAAAAAGUAAAGCUUUAUUGAAACACUCAAGCUAAAGUGAUCCCCCUGACCUUUUGGAGAAUGCAUGAGGAAAGGGAAGGAGUGGUCUCCGUGAGGGUCCAUGAGGGUAUGCUAGCCACCGGGUUAACUGAACAGGCGACCUCGUUAUCCCUAUCAUGUGACCCAGCGCCGGCGCAUGAAAGAGCCUGUUUCAUUUGGUUUUGUGCCGGCUGCUCACAGAAGCUCUGGCGUUCCGGUCUGGCCGGCAGACAGACCAGGGUCUCCCACUGGCAGAUGGACUGUGACCUCCGUCCAGUGCCAGGCCGCUCAUGGAUCAAGCGGUCCCCACGCAGGCCCCCUGCGUCACCUGGCUGUCCCUGGCCCACCAGGACCUCUCGGAGAUCCCCUACGAGGUCAUACUGGAGCACAGCUGUCGCCUGGAGGCUCUGGACCUGAGCUACAACCUGCUGGUGGAAAACCCGGUGCAACUGGGCCAGCUGGAACAACUCCACACCCUGAUCCUGGACCGGAACCAGUACACGUCCCACGUCAAGUUCCCCUUCAUGCCCAGCGUCACGGCCGUGUGCAUCAACCAGAACAAGAUCCACAACCUGCCCGUGUUCGUGGACGAGAUCGGCCGCAAGUUCCCCAACAUCAAGAUUCUCUGCAUGAUGAAUAACGAAGCCGCUUCGAGCUAUUUCAAUGGUGGAAGUUUGACCCAGUACCAAGACUAUAGACAGUACGUCAUCAGUCAGCUGCCAGCGCUGGAGCUCCUAGACGACACGGUGGUCCUGGAGAAGGAGAGAGCCCAGGCCCGCAAGACCUACCGCAUCCAGCAUAGCAGCCAACAUGGCCGAAAAAGGCGGGAAGUGCAUCGAUGACGGUUGUCUCGAUCGGCCCGGACAAGGUCUUGUUGUGAUUGAGUUAGCACACACUGCAAUACGUUACACUUAGCUAGAUAGACUAGACAAGGCUGUACUUUGAAGUUACCAAAUCAUGUAAUAUAAUUAUAAUACAUUGAAUGUCAAGCCAAUUUUAUUUCUGUAGCUCUUAAUCACAGAUACAGUCUCAAAGGGCUUGUAUGUCGUUAUGUGUAUCGUCAGUGAGCUGUUUGGUUUAUUUUUGUUUAUUUGUAUGACUAUAUAAUGAAUAUUCUGCCGUUGUCUGUAUCGAAUAAAGUAGUCGGGAGAGCAAUGAA